AUGGCUCGUAUCAAGUUUACUACUGCGCCUACAUCGGCUGUUCAAGUACAGUCCGCCCGAGUUCUUCACGAGAAGAAGAGCGCGACUUCUACCCGGAAGAAGACACAGGCUGAGGUUGAGAAUCCGGCCAAGUCUGCUGUGUCUGAGGGCUUGUUCCUGAAGCAGCAACAAAGUUUAGAGAUGGUACAAAUAAUGCUACAUGUAUCGUUUGGGACAUUAUUUUAUCUUCGAUAUUCAUACCGAGAAUUCCUCGACUCUAAAUCACGCCAUGACACUAAUGGAGGCGACCCAGAUAUCGCUUUCGGUAAUGGGAAGAGAGGCCAGCCACUCAAGGUGAUGAUACGCGGCACCGAUCCCAAGGCAGACAUGAUACUUGAUGUUCUGGUACGCUCCACGGAUUACUCCUGCCCCUCCUUAUCCCAAUGGCCAGUCCAUCUACCUUUCAGUGCGUGUUUUCAUUGA